AUGGCAAGCAAACAACAAGCAAUUAGCAAGCUGAAGUCUUUAUGUACUGUAACUUUUGGCGGGGCUGUAGCUUACCAGUUAAUUUACUAUACGAAAGAUUUUAACAAUUACUAUGUCAAUUUUUUGCAACCACUUAUCCAGUAUAUUAGCCCUGAGUUGGCUCAUAAUCUUGGAGUUAAAGCCAUAAAAUAUGGAAUCUUUCCCUCAGAAAAAGGUGAUGAUCCUCAAAUAUUGAAAACAAAAUUCCUCGAUUAUGAUUUGAGUAAUCCUAUUGGAAUCGCUGCAGGUUUUGACAAACAUGGUGAUGCUAUAAUAGGCUUGAGAAAUUUAGGUUUUUCUAUUGUAGAAAUUGGGUCAGUCACACCAAAAGCACAACCUGGGAAUCCUAAGCCUAGAGUAUUCCGUUUACCUGAAGAUGAGGCAGUUAUUAACAGAUAUGGUUUCAAUAGUGAAGGGCAUGAACAAGUUCACAAGAAAAUAGGAAUGCUAGAAAAGGCAUUGUUGGAUAAAGGAUUAUUGGGAAUCAAUUUAGGCAAAAAUAAGUUGUCAGAAAAUGCAAUUGAGGAUUAUAUUUUAGGUAUACAGAAAUUCUCAGAUGUAGCAGACUAUUUUGUCAUAAAUAUAAGCAGCCCGAACACUCCAGGCCUAAGGUCAUUACAGAAAAAAGAGGAACUGUAUCAACUUCUGAAAAAAAUUAAUGAAGCAAGAAACUCAAUGAAUUCAAAUAAUAAACCUCCACUGCUUUUAAAACUUGCUCCAGAUCUAACUCAAGAUGAAAUGAAAGAGAUUGUAUCAGUAAUUUUGCAAACUGAAAGCAAAGUUGAUGGCUUGAUAAUCUCAAAUACUACAAUUGAAAGACCCCAGCUCCAGAAUACUGAGUUUUCAAAGGAAUCUGGAGGGUUGAGUGGAAAACCACUAGCAAAUAAAUCUACUGAAAUGAUUAAGCAAAUGUACAAAUUGACUAAAGGUAAAGUUCCCAUCAUUGGUGUUGGAGGAGUAUUUACUGGCCAAGAUGCAUAUGAUAAAAUAUUGGCAGGAGCAAGUGCUGUUCAGAUAUACACAGCUUUGAUAUACCACGGCCCACCAGUUGUGUCAAAAAUAAAAAAUGAAUUAGCUGAACUCCUGCAACGGGAUGGCUAUAAAAAUGUAAAUGAAGCUGUUGGAAAAGGAGUCACAAAAUAA